AUGCGCGAACACUCAGCCCAUAAGACGUUUAUUAUAAAGCGAAAACUCGCGAAGAAACUUAAACAAAAUAGACCAAUUCCUCAAUGGGUUCGAAUGAGGACUGGAAAUACCAUCAGGUAUAAUGCCAAGAGGCGUCAUUGGCGUAGAACCAAGUUGAAGUUGUAAAAAUUCAUUUGUAAUUUUCUCUUGUUUAAUAUAUUGAUAAUUACAUAUUA